AUUUCCUGGUUUCCGACCGACAUAUUUCAUUCGACGACAAAUAAGAUCAACCACAACACCAACAACCAGCUACAGCGACACGUGAAGCGGCAAUGACGGACAGGCUCCCGCCUAAUCUCCUUGCGCUCUUCGCGCCCCGGCCACCUCUGCGCUGGGUGCCGCCCUGCGAUGUUGCUCCCGAAGAGCGCAAGUCGGCCUUCAUCACCCCAGUUUCCGACUUCCUUCCUGCCAUGCAGGCCUACGAGCAGGAAUACGAGUACCAUCCGACCGAGAGCUGGCUGGAGGCCCGCGACCGCAAGAAGCGCGAGAAGAAGGAGGCUUUGGAGAAGCUGGUGACCGAGGGUCCCAAGAAUUGUACGCGGCAACCCCCCAACGUUGCGCGCAGUUACAACCCCAAUGACGAUCCCAACAUCAGAGGAGAUGCUUUCAAGACGCUGAUAGUGGCGCGUCUUGACUACCGUGCUGAUGAACAGGAUCUCGAGCGCGAGUUCAGCCGCUUCGGUCCCAUCGAGCGUAUCCGUAUCAUCAGAGAUAGCCACGCCGAUGAAAACCCGAACAAGAAGAAAAAGCCCCACCGUGGCUAUGCUUUUGUCGUUUUCGAACGCGAAAAGGACAUGAGAGCUGCUCUAGAUGGCUGUGAUGGCAUCCGUAUCAAGGAUCGCCGCAUCAAGGUCGAUGUAGAGAGAGGCCGCACGGUCAAGGGAUGGAAACCUCGUCGUCUCGGUGGCGGUCUUGGUGGCCGUGGUUACACCAAAGCGAUGCCUGCUAGGCCCAUGGGUCCCGGUGGAUUUGGCGGUCCCGGUGGCUUCCGCGGCGGUGGUUUCGGUGGUGGAUUCAGAGGACGCGACCGCGGCUUCAGGGGUGGUGGCGGCCCCGGCGGCCCCGGCGGCGGCUUUGGAGGCGGUGAUCGCUUCGGUGGACGUAGCGGUGGCGGCGGUUUCGGCGGCGGACGUGACGGCGGCCGUGGCUUCGGCGCCCCAGGUGGCAGCAGUUUCUCCCCUCCGUCGAAUGCUCCCAACGGCCCCGGCGGUGGCUUCGGCGGCCGUGACCGUGACAGCCAUCGUGACAGGGACCGCGAUCGCGACAGCCGCAGGGACGGUCCUAGCGGAAGCAGCGGUGGGUACGGUGGGCGUGAUGGCGGUCGCUCAUAUGAUGACAGAUCUGGCGGCGGAGGUUUCCGCGGCGGCGAACGCAACGCUCGGCAGACUGGCAGCAACAUGGAGCCCAUCAGGCCUAGAGAACCCGGAGCCCCAAGGGAAACCAGAGACGGUGGGUAUCACGGUGGCCGCGACUACGACAGGCCCAGAGAUCACGACGACUCGUCGAGGAAACGCGGGUACGACGGCGGACACGAAGACCCCAGAAAGUUGCGUCGCUAUUAGACAUGAUGAUGGUCGCCGAACAACAUUGACAGACCUAAUCAACAACAUACUGGUCCGGUUUGUCUCGUGGUGGGUAUCAUCAGCCCCCUCUCACUGCUCUCAAGUUUCUACUCAGUAUUCUUCCCUUUUCCUUCGACGAUAAGGGUAAGCCACGACGU